AGGAUGGGGGGGACCCCAAAGUCUCACUGGGGCUUGGUGCGUGGGAUGGCAUGCACCUUGCUUGGGGUCUGCACUGUGUACUUGGGGUGUAGGGACCACUUGCGUUUUGCUGGGGGUCAGGACGUGGGGACACUUGGGUUUCUUUUGGGGCCAGGAUGUGGGGACCGCAUGCAUCACAUUUGGGGUUGGGAUUUGGGGACCUUCAUGUUGCUUUUGGGGUCAGGACACAAGGGACUACCUGGAUCCUGCUUGGGGCAGGGACAUGGGACCCUCGCACGGUGCUCAGGGACCGGACACGGGGACCUUUUGGUCGUGAUUGGGGUCAGGCUGCGGGGCCCCUUGCACCAGGGUCACGGUCAGGCUGUGGGGAUCCUUGCAUGGCACUUGGGGUCACAGGGGGACCCUUGCAUGGGGGCUGGGACAUGGGGACCCUUGCUUGAUGCUCAGGCUGGGGACAUGGGGACCCUUGCAUUGGGUUUGGGAUGCAGGGACCCUCGCGUUGGGUUUGGGGUUAGGACUGGGGCCAGUAUGGGAGGACACUUACAUCAGAGCCAGAACCUGGGGACAUCUGCAUUGGGGUCGGGACUUGGGGACCACCAUAUGGGGACCACAAUGUCUCCCCGGGGCUCAGCAGGCUGGAAACUGGGGACGGUGGGGGCAGAUUGUGUCCGUUCCCUUCCUCCUCGCAGGGACCGUGACUGGAGGCUCCCACACCGUCACCCUGGGUGGCUUUGGAUAAUUCGGAUGCAGCACCCAAGCUGCUUAACCCCAUCCUGAUCCAGCCUUCGCCCCCAAAUCCCACUGCCAUGAAGAAGAAGCCAGCCAACGGGAGGGGGCCGGAUCCUGCGGCCCCCCAGCAGCGAGCCCGGGGCAUCACCAAGCCAGCAGAGUACGUGGGCUCUUUCGCGGUGGAGGACUUGGACCUGCAGCAGCAAGCGGGGCGGCUGGAGGAGCAGCUGCGGGCACUGAAGGACUGCCCCAGGAGGAGGUCGGUGGUGCUGAGGUUCAGUUUGCAGGGGCUGAAGGUCUACGGCACUGACGGGGAGACACUGCUGAUGGCGCACGCUCUCCGUCGGAUCCUGUACAGCACGUGGCGACACGCCGACCACCAGUUCGCCUUCGUGGCCCGCAAUCCCCGCAGCCCCGCCAGCCCCCUCUUCUGCCACCUCUUUGUGGGGCUCCCAGGCGAGGUCCAGACCCUGCACCUCUUGCUCUGCCGCUCCUUCCAGCUCUGCUACCUCCUGGCGCACCCUGAGGAGCAGGCGGGCGAGGGGGACCCCCCGGGGACCGGGGUGCUGCGGGAGCCCCUCAACCCCGAGGAGGUGUCACGCAACGUCAACGCCCUCGUCUCCUUCCGACGCCUGCCCGCGCCCACCGGCCUCGGCUCCCUGGGCGCAGGGCGGCGGCGGGAUGGGAGAGCAAAGGGACGAGGAGCUUGGCCUUCCUCCCUGAAAACGAGAGCGUCCUCGCCGAGACCGUGUGGGCCUUCGCCGGCAUCGCCAGGGACGUCGGGAUCGCGCUGCUGCGGCGGGACGUCCCUGGAGCCUUUCUCCUGCGCCCUGAGCCUGGCCUGGCCAAGCGCUGGUGCCUGUGGGUGCGGGCGCCCUGCGGCGUCGUCCCCUACUGCCUCUUCAGGACCCACCAGGGCAGGUUCUGCGUGGAGCACUCCAACGCCGAGUUCGCCAGCGUGGCCGCCCUCCUGGCUCACUACUCCGGGGCGCCGGGGGGCUGCUUCUGCCGCUUGGCCCCUGGUCGCCUCAACCCCGGCUACGAGGAGCGGGACCCCGGCGGUGAGGCCAGCGCCUGGGGGGAGGCCGCCUGGGCCCCCGCCGCCCCCGUCGGGGUGCAGCAUGAGCGGGGUUAGGCCCGGCCGCCCCCCCCCCCGCCCCCGCUCGGGCACAGCUAGCCCCCCAAAUCCCCACUUAGCUUUAAAUCGCUGCCACCUGCCUUAUUUAUUCCCCUCCCGUGGGCCGCGCGCGCGCGCUCGGCGGGCUGUACGGCGCGACUCCGGCAAUAAAUGGCUCUCGUGCUACCGCAGGAGAGGGCUGCUGGAGGUCUCUCCUUCCCGCCCCCCCCACCGCCGCGCUGCGUGCAAGCGUGCGCGCUCGUGUGCUCGCACGCUCUCCUGCACGUGCGCGCUCAUGAACUUGCACUCGGGCACUUGCGCUCUCGGGCGCUUGUGCUCUCGUGCAUGCACACGCUUGUAUAGUUGCUCCACGCACUCGCACCCGCGCGUGCUCGCACGCUUGAUUGCACUGCGCAGCUGCGCGCUCAUACUCGUGUGUGCUCCCGCGCUUGCACGGCUGCACUCAAGCCCUUGCGCGCCCGUGCACUUGCAGUCUCAAAGCCCUCGUGCUCUUGCACCCUUGUGCACCGCUACCACCGCGCUCUCGCGCACUCCUGCCCUUGCACACCCGCGCGCUCGCCUUCCCUCGCACGCUCAGGCGGCGCACUCGUGCGCUGCGCGGCUGUGCACCCGUGCCGUUGCACGCUCGCGCCCCCAUGCACCUGCAUUCCCACGCACGCGUGCCCUCGUGCCCGCCGUCCCGUCCCGUCCCCGCCCCCCUUGCACACGUGCGCUUUGGUGCACGCCGGCACUUGCACGCGGGCGCGUGCCCGCCCGCAGUCACGUGGCUCGAGGGGCGGGGCCUUGCGCGACGCUACCCCGUCGCUGUGGUAACCGCGUGGGGCCGCUGUGCGCAUGCGCGGUGGGUCGGACGGCGCUUCCCGCCUCCCCUCAGCUCCCCCGGCUCCUUCCACACACCCCGGCUCGCCUCGGGUUUUCCCUCGCCCAGUCCCCUUUGGGCUUGUCCCAGCUCCCCAGAGUUACCAGAGGCUUUCCUGCCCCCAGGAUUCCCUCAGGUUUCCUCCCCCCCCGGCCUGCCCGAGUUCCCCCUCAGACUUGUCCCAAGUCUCCCCCUUUCCCUUCAUCCUUCCCAAGCUUUUCUCCUCCUUAAUCUCUCCUUUACCCCAGCCAUUUGUGGCCUCCCUGGCUCUCCUUCCUCACGCCAAGCUGUAGGGGGGUCCAUCCCCUCAGUGCCCCCAGCAAGCAGUGAGUGGGCCA